UGUAGUGGCGUUAGUCUGUAUUACAAGUAGAUCUUUCUCCCUGUGUGAAACAGCAUUUUGGUGACCAGAGCGUUUGUCUUCAUAUUGUAAAUCAGCCUUGGUGGCAAAGAUGGAUAUGCCGAAAAGAAUUAAUUUAGAGCUACGGAAUAGAACGCCUUCAGAUGUGAAAGAACUCGUGCUUGACAACUGUCGCUCGAAUGAAGGCAAAAUUGAGGGCCUGUCAGAUGAGUUUGAAGAAUUGGAAUUUCUUAGCACAAUCAACGUAGGCUUAUUGUCUGUCGCGAACCUACCAAAGUUAAACAAGCUAAAGAAGCUCGAGCUAAGCGAUAACAGAAUCUCAGGCGGGCUAGAAGUUUUGGCAGAAAAAUGUCCGAACCUCACACAUCUCAACCUCAGCGGCAACAAAAUCAAAGAUCUCAGCACAAUAGAACCUCUGAAAAAAUUGGAUAACCUGAGGAGUCUAGACCUUUUCAAUUGUGAGGUGACAAACCUCAACGAUUACAGAGAAAACGUCUUCAAGUUUCUCCCGCAACUGACGUACCUAGAUGGAUACGAUCGUGAAGAUAAGGAGGCACCAGACUCAGACACUGAAGCCUACGCGGAGGGUGUAGAUGACGAUGAUGAUGAGGAAGACGAAGUUGACGAAGAGGAAGAUUAUGAUGAGGCAGUUCAGUGUGAAGAGGAUGAAGAUGAAGAAGGGGAGGAGGAAGAGGAAGAUGAGGAUGAAGAGGAGGAGGAUGGGGAAGAGGAGGAAGAGGCGCUCAGUGUAGAGGAAGAGGAGGAAGAGGAGGAGGAUUUCAACGAUGGAGAAUUAGACGAAGAGGAGGAGGAUGAUGAACAAACAGGGAUCAAAGGACAGAAGAGGAAACGAGAUCCUGAGGAUGAAGGCGAAGAAGAUGACUAAAUUUUGGAUGUUAACCUACUGUGAUUUUGUUUUUAUCUGUUUUUUUUUCGCUCGCUCCCUCCCCCACCCCACCCCAAAUUCCCUGCUGCCCCAAUGUUGCUGUGGGAAUGAUGAGCUGGAGGAAAACUCCUGUUACUGCUGCUCAGGGAUGUUUAAAAUUUUUAUUUUUGUUGAUGUUUGGUAUUGGUGAGUUUGGAUGAGUUACAAGUAUGGGCAAGGCCCAACAUUGAGUCACAUUGUCUCUUUUUUUUAAACAAAAACUGCAAUGAUUUUUGGGUGGGUGGAGCAGCCAUUAAAAAUUCAUAUCCGACAUCAUUGCCACAGCAACAUGUACCAAAUGGCAUAUCUGAAAUGCAACAACAGAAGAGGGGGUGUGUGUGUGUAUUUACUGUGCUGUAAAUGGCUGCCACUUUUGGAAGUGAAGCUGAUUUAAUUUUCUGUUAAAUGCCCCCUCCCUCCCUCCCCAUCGCUCUCUGUUCCCAUCUUGCUCCCACCCCGAAUCCUUCUCUCAGACCCCAUUGGUGUGAAUCCAUGUUUUUUUUUCUAAAUGGUGACCAAAUAUCUAUCAUCUUGCCCACAUCCCAUGUCCUACACCCAUAUUCCUCAUCUUGUCGCUCCCCUCCACCCCCUGACCAAAUACCACCCCCCCCCCCCCCCCCCCAUUCCCCAUCCUGUCUUUCCUCUUUCUCGGCACCACCCCCCCCCAUUCCCCAUCAUGUCGCUCCUCUCCAACCCAGUUCCCCGGUCCUGUCCUUGCUUUCCCUACUCCCACCCAGUUUCCCAUCAUAACCUACAACUUGCCUUCUGAAAAUGGCACCCAUUUGAGUUAUAGUCCUAAUCAAUGAUUGGUAGUGUAAUACAGUUGUAAUAAACAAAAAUUACAUUUGAAACUCUGUAACCCA